GCCUAGAGUGCGCGGAGGGGGUGGGGCUUGGGGAGUGGAGGGGCGGGGCCUAAUGAUCAUUUCCUCCGGUGGACAGCGCGCGCUCCUCUCUCCCGCCAGCGAUUUAAAGGGAUCGGCGCAUGCGCACUGAAGCAUAUCUGCCGGGAUUUUUUUUCCGCGGUAGCAGCCGGCGAAGGUGGAGGAGUCCCGGCCAGGGGGGGUCACUGGUAUAUAGUACGGACAGUGGCCGUCGGCAGCAGCAUCGGUCACUGAGCUGGCUGUCGGAUUGCCGCUUCGUCAGCUGCAGCUGGCCCCGUCUGUUCCCGGAUAACUUUCACCCACACAUCCCGCUCCGAAGAUGCCCAAGAAAAGUGAUAGAAUAGAAGAACAUUCAACAAAGACCGAAAAAACAAGUGAAGUUCUGCGAUCCAGAAAGCGAAAAGCAGAUGUUGCUAUUUGUUUACAAGAUUUUGAUGAAGUUACCGAAGAACUGGCAACGAACACGUUUAAAGAUAAGGAUUGCUGGAAUAUUAAAACCAACUGUGCAAGUCCUUCCAGAUUCACUUCAUUGUCACACAAAAAUUCAGAUGGCAUGAUAACAUCAUAUUCCACAAGUAAUAUACAGUGCAAGUUCAAAAAUGUCUUAGCCACCCCAACUAGAGCUUCACCAUUACCUGUCUUCUGCUGGGCAAAUAGAGAUGAGGUAUGGAAUAUUCUUCUGAAAAAAGAACAGAUGUAUUUGAGAGACAAAGAUGUUUUACAAAAACAUCCUCUCUUGCAACCGAAGAUGAGGGCUAUUCUUUUGGACUGGUUAAUGGAGGUUUGCGAAGCCUACAAGCUACACAGAGAAACAUUUUAUUUAGCCCAGGACUACUUUGAUAGAUUUAUGGCAACACAGAACAACAUUGUAAAGACACGAUUGCAGCUUAUUGGUAUUUCAUCUUUAUUUAUUGCUGCAAAGCUGGAGGAAAUAUACCCACCAAAGUUGCAUCAGUUUGCCUUUGUUACUGAUGGGGCUUGCACAGAAGAAGAAAUUCUCAAUAUGGAACUUGUUAUUUUGAAGGCUCUGAAAUGGAGUUUGUGUCCUGUAACCAUUGUGUCUUGGCUCAAUAUCUACAUGCAAGUUGCUUAUUUCAAAGAAAAGUACGAAGUACUGAUUCCACAAUACCCCCAGGAAAUAUUUGUUCAAGUAAUGGAGCUAUUGGAUCUCUGUAUUUUGGAUCUCAAAUGUUUGGAGUUCACGUAUGGAGUUGUAGCAGCUUCAGCUUUGUAUUACUUUUCUUCCUGUGACCUAGUUCACAAAGCAUCAGGUUUUGAGUGGAGUGAAAUAGAAGGAUGUGUAAGAUGGAUGAUUCCAUUCACCAUGGCCUUGAGGGAAGCAGGAAACAUAACAAUGAAGAACUUGAAAGGUGUCUGUUCUGAGGAUAUGCACAACAUACAGAUACACUCCAACAAUUUAUCGUUAUUGGAUAAAGCUCACUCUAAACAAGCACUGCUAUUGGAACAAAGCUCACCUCUACCUUCUGGAAUUUUAACUCCACCACAAAGCAGCAAGAAACAAAACAACUGGUGUGAGUCCUUGUGAAAUCAAAUUGCAACUAUGGUUUAGUGGGUGAAUUUUUCCUUGCUGGAAAUCUGAAUACAGCUUGAUGCAGAGAAGAUGGGACUUGAUUUGUGUAAUAUUGAAUGCUGACGACAGCCAGGAAUUUUACUUGCAUUCUUCUGAUGGCAUUGUCACUUAAUUCUGGAUGUUAAAAGUAUCUACUUGUUUUUAAUACACAUUUUUAUACCUGUUAUAGCCAAAAACUCCAACCAAAUAAGGAGUACUUUGAGUAAUCCUGAAUGCUGCUAAGGAGGGUGGCUCUCUAAAAUAAACAGUGAGGUCAUAGAUUGAUUUAUGAAAUGUUUAUGAACUUUAAGCUGCUAUGUUUAUUUUAAAUAAAGGUACAUCUACAUUAUUUGCCCUGUCCCAUGUGUAAUGUUAAAAAAGGUGACUAGCUAUGCAGAAGAUGGAACAAGCAGGAAGCAGUAGCUCUUGAUGAUCUUCAUGCAACAGAGGGAUAGCAAAUGCUGAAAUUCGGAUGCUGAAGUCUUUUCCUUAAAUCCAGAUGGCAUGUGGUCAUAUACAGGUUUCUAAGAGUAACUGUGUAGGACAGUAUAAAAUUAUGGAAGUUUGUUAGAAAGGUGUGGUAUUAAUCAGUGGAUAGUUUCAAUCUCAAGAUUAAAAAUGAGCAAAGGUAUCUGGAUGGUGUUUGAUUCUUGAUAUUUUAUUAGAACAGCAUAUGUCACAGCUAAUUAAAGGAAAUACUAAGACCUGUAAGAUUAAAUAGCCUCAUUUGAAUGUUGUCUUUGAGGGAGAAGAAUAGGUUUAAGAUUAGUAUUUUAGACUUGAGGGCAAUUGUAAGAGUGUGAAAAUGGAGCUAAAGGGAGAUGCAGCAUGCAAGGGGAUUCUUUAAAUGCUGGAUGGAAAGGAGGGGCUAAACGGAAUAACCAGCAAAAACUGCAUGAAAGACUUUUUGACUAUAUUUAUCUUGUACUCCAGUUUUUUGGAGUUGGAGCCAG